AUGGCCUGCUGGAGGUGCGUUAUUUGCUUUGUUUUUGUUGCAUUAACGCUGAAGUCACUUUUAAGUCACAUUAAUACUGCACACAGUCGCAGUCCGGAUUUCCGUGUCAUUUGUGGAGUCGAUGGAUGCGCUGAGGAAUACCGCGUUUUCAACUCUUUCUACUACCAUCUCAGACGGACACAUUCACAAUAUUUCGCCGCUGGGAACCCUCCCACAGGUUGUCUCUCAGCUUCAUUCGAUGCAAAUCUGUUAGGAAGUGAACAUUUUGGUACAGCUAUUUUUGCCGACUGUACUACCGAAACAAGACCAAUUGAAGCAGAAACACCAGAUUUCCCACAAACCUCGGUUGUGUUGGAGCAGGAGCGACAGGAAAGUCGGAAUUUGAUGGACAAAGACCAAUCGGAUGUUCAAACACCACGUCAGAAUCAGGGCGUAAGAGAACCUGUUGCUCUCGCCAGACGUGCAGCUGCAUUUGCUAUUGGUGUGCGGGAGCAAUGCCACCUAUCACAGACGAGUGUGAACAACAUUGUCCUUGGUGUUCAACAGUAUCAAACGGCUCUUCUGGCGUCCUUGAGAGAAGAAAUGAAGACCAUCCUACAAAGGCAUCCUGACAGCACUGGACCUUUACAAGCAGAAGUUCUUUCAACACUGGACAACUUUCAGGACCCCUUUCCUCUAUGUGCAGCUAUUAACCUACAGGACCCAGCAACACAGAUGCAUUUUAACCCGGUUUCACCUGAGGAGAUCAUCAUUUCCAAGUAUGCCUGUAGAGUUAAAAAGGGAGAAUCUAGAGUUCUUGCAAUCAAAAACAAGUCUUUCUACUACAUCCCUCUGAUUGAAAGUUUGAAACAGCUACUAUCCAAUUCAAGACUAUUUGACAUGUUCAGUGCUGCACCUCAAAGUUGCUCCAAGGCCAAUUUUUUGUAUGACAUUAAUGAUGGAAUUAUUUUCAAAACCCACCCACUGUUUUCUAAGAAGAACUCUGCUUUACAACUUAUAUUGUAUUCUGAUGAGAUAGAAAUUUGUAACCCCCUAGGGUCACGUGCAGGUGUAAAUAAAUUAUUAAUGUUUUAUUACACAUUAGGCAACAUCGACCCUAAGUUUAGAUCAAAGCUGGCUUCAAUCAGACUUAUUGGAAUCGCAAAGUCUAAAGACAUAGAUGAGUGUGGGGUAGACAUUAUACUGCAGAGAAUUGAUGAGGACUUGAAGUUGCUGUAUGACGGUGUUAUGAUUAACACUGUGAAUGGGGAAUUUUAUUUAAAUGGAGCAGUUAUUGCUGUGUGUGGAGACACUCUUGCCCAGCAUGAGCUUGCAGGAUUUAAGGAAGGAGUUGGUUUUGCAUAUAGCAAAUGCCGCCAUUGUGAGUGUACUUUUGAUGAAAUGCAAGCAAAUUUCAAUGAACAGAGUUUCACCAGACGGACAUUGGACGGACACAUAAGACAAUGCAAAGAAAUUGAUAGGGCAACUACUGAAUUCUUAAAAUCCUCGCUUAAAACGACUUUUGGCAUAAAUAGACAAAGCAAGUUAGUUGAUUUCCCAGGUUUUAAUCUCAUAGAGCAAAUGCCACAGGAUAUUAUGCAUAUAAUUCUUGAAGGAGUGGCACCAAUGGAAAUUAAGUGUGUGUUGAAAUAUCUUGUUUUAUCUGGAAAUUUAGAGUUGGACAUUUUUAAUUCUGCCAUGCAGACUUUUCCUUUUUCAUCAACAGACAUACGUGACAAGCCUUCACCAAUUAGUAUAGCUACUUUAGCUUCAAGUGACAACAGACUUAAACAAUCCUCUGGACAGAUGCUUAUAUUGAUCAAGAUUUUGCCAUUCUUAUUGGACUGUGUUGUGGAGAAAAAUCCAUAUAUCCAGUUUAUUUUGGAUUUAAUUGAAAUUGUUAAAAUACUUUUUGCCCCAGUUUUGUCUGUACAAACUGUGUCCAAACUAAAACAGAUGAUAGAGAAUCAUCUUAAACAAUUCAGACAACUAUUUCCUGAAAACAAUGUAAUCCCAAAGCAACAUUACAUGCUACAUCUUCCCUCUCAGAUUAUUGCUCUGGGACCUGUAAUACGGCAUAUGUGCAUGAGAUUCGAGUCUAAACAUAGUUUUUUUAAACAAUGGUCAUCCAAAUUAAAUUUUAAGAAUGUGUGCAAGUCUCUUGUAAACCACAAUCAGCUGCUGGAGUGUUGUCAAAGUGAAACAGGAAUUGAGCAUCCAAUUUUUUUACAUGAAAAAGAGCUAGGUCCUGUAUCAGAUGUAUCUAAUAUUAAUCAUUUACAAUCAAAGGUUGUAGAUUUUUUGGGCAUUGAAGAUGCUGUACAUCAUGCUGUUAGAGUAAAGUGGCUUAUUUCACAUGGUAGCAAAUACAUCUGUGACAGAUCCAUGAUUCUUAUUUCAGCAAAUGGUUUAAUCCCUACCUUUGGACUUAUAAAAAACAUUUUUGUUGUUAAUAGUGUGCUAUAUUGCUUUGAAUACCAGGUGUAUGAAACAUUGGGUUUUAACAAAGAGUUUCUUGCCUAUGAAGUUGCGAUACCUAACCUUGCCCAAGCAACCGAACUGACUGAUGUUGAAAACCUACUUGAUUAUACCUCAUAUUACACAGUCAAUUUCAAAAACUGUGUCUAUGUUAUGACAAAAUAUAACCUGGAAGAUGUCAUUGCUUUAAACCUAUAAUAAAUAUGUUGAUGGGACUGUGUUUUUCUUAUUUAAAGAAAAUCAAGUGAGUGGUUCUUAUUUUGAGAAAGAUUUUUAUUUGAAACGAUAGCUGAAUUUUUUUUUGCUUGAAAUUAAUGUAAAAUGGUUAAAUUUCAGAUUUACAGACUACAUAAGAAUAAAAAACAAAAUUAACUUAAAACAAGACUGAUCUUCUAACGCAUUAGACUGGAAACUAGCUUGUAAUGUUUAAAACAAGAUGGAGAAGAUAAUUUGGCUAGAUUAAAGACAACAAAUCUUGUUAAGCUGCAAAUAAUUUGCAGUGUGGGCUUAUAACUUGGCUUCUGAAUGUCCUAGAGAGGUCAGGGUUGUUUUAGUGUACUCCAAUCAACAGCCCCUACAACCAA